UUGGCAGUUAUGAUUUUGGAGUUUCGUACAUAGUGUUUGGUGCAUUUAAGAUCGAGAUGAAGAACACAUUUUUUAUUGGUUUUUGUAUUUUUUGUAUUGUCUGCACGGGUGAAGUAUUUUCCGCAGCAACUCAAGAACAAAUGGAAAGUAUGUCAAAUGGCUUACGCAGAACAUGUGUUAAUAAAUUGGGCAUCACAACUGCUGAUAUUGAAGGAAUUCGAGGUGGAAAUUUUGUAGAUUCCCCUGGAGCGCGAUGUUACAUAAAAUGCGUUAUGGGCCUUAUGAAAACUUUCACUAAGCAAGGUACAAUAGAUAUCGAUGUUUUGGUGAAACAAAUUAGCAUAAUGACUCCAUCAACGAUUGGUAAAAAAUUAAUCGAAGGAGCAAAAACCUGCUACGACGAAGUUUCAUCGGACGAUCCUUGUGAACUAGCUUGGAUGUUUACAAAAUGUACUUACCUGAAGGGACCAGAUUCGUUCUUCUUCCCGUGAAGAAAAUACAACAUUUACAAAACUUAUUAAAGAUAUUUUUUAUUGAUGUAGCAAAAAAUCUUCAAAACACAUCAUUUUCAUUGUAAUUUAUGGUUAAACUUUGAUUCUACUCAUCUAAAAUAAAUGAAAUUAAGAAAAA